GUUUCAUUAUGUAUUAUGUUUUACGGGUGUCUUCUUGGAAAUUGACUGAAUAACUAAAUUUGUCCAGCAGACAAACGCAUGUAAUUUAAUGUAAUGUCGCUUACUUUUUGUGUGCGCUAUAAAUGAUGUGGUAAUUGCGAGUUCAGAAUAAUACAGUGUAAAAUAAAGACCUUCCCAGAAUUAAUCGUGAACUAACAGUACUGCAUAUACUGUACAUACGGUUUCCGUGUCGUCACUGCCGUAAAGUGAAACUUCCGGUCGAUGCCGCAUGGCUGCACGGCGUUUUUACGACAUUUGCCCUUGGUUAUUACAGUAGCAUAAUACUACGAAAUAAACUGCUGUAUCCUCAGCUAUGUCUACGUCAAAGACAACGGGAGGAAAGGCAAUUGACAUUUUAAGGAAUCUCCCUCGAAUAAGUCUAGCAAAUCUCAGGCCAAACCCCGGAGCCAGAAAAACCGAAAGACGGCGUGGAAGAGGCGCGCACGGAGGAAACAAAAGCGGUCGCGGCCACAAGGGGGAGCGCCAGCGCGGAAAUCGACCGCGCCUGGGCUUCGAGGGGGGACAGACGCCCUUUUACCUCGCUAUCCCCAAAUAUGGAUACAACGAAGGCCACAGUCGGAGACCACAGUACCAGCCAUUGAGCCUCAGAAGACUUCAGUACUUGAUAGAUCUGGGUAGAGUGGACACCUCCCAGCCCAUCGACCUCACGCAGUUGGUAAAUGGCAGGGGUGUGACCGUGCAGCCUCUGAAGAGGGACUAUGGAGUCCAGCUGGUGGAGGAGGGUGCUGACAUCUUUUCGGCAAAGAUCAACAUCGAGGUCCAGAGAGCUACUGAGGGAGCGGUAGCAGCUGUAGAGCGGAACGGGGGAGUCAUUACGACAGGAUUUUACGAUUUCAGGAGUCUCACGAUCCUGUGCAAGCCUGUGCCGUUUUUCCAGUCCGGCCAACCAAUUCCCAAGAGGAUGCUUCCUGGCGAAGACAUGGUCCGAUACUACACCAGUGCGGAAAACCGUGGCUACCUGGCCGAUCCGGAGGAGGUGGAGCGGGCCAGGCAAGAACUGGCCCGGAAGUAUGGCUACAUUCUGCCAGACAUCUCCAAAGAUGAGCUUUUCCAGAUGCUCUCGAUGAGGAAGGACCGUCGGCAGAUCUUCUUUGGACUCGCUCCCGGUUGGGUUGUCAACAUGGCCGAACGGAAGAUCCUCAAGCCGACCGACGAGAAGCUGCUCCAGUAUUACGGCUCGUAGUGGAACUGGAGACGUUGAUGAGGAUGAUUGUAGGGUGUAAUUAAAGCACUGUAAGCCACAUGUCCUGGAAUCGCAUUUCAGCUACUGCAUUGAACUGACAUCGCCAGGUGGAGGGAAUGCUUUGUUGGUGUAGCCGUUAUCCAGAAUGAAUAAAUUAUACAAUUAAAUUGCUUAAAGUAACAAUAAUAAGUGGUAGGUUUGAUGUGAUUUGCAGCAUUUUUUCAUGGGAGGUGAGUUUUUGGUACGGGUAGUGGGGAGACGGACAUGUGUUGCUUGUCUUUGAUUUGGUCGUAUCAUGUGUUAGAUAUUUCCCAUUGGCUCUGGCUGUGCUAUUGAGCAUCUUAGCCAAUGACAACUUUGGUCGGCACAGAGACGGAAGGAACAGGACUCACCGCAGGUGAAAGGGAAGUGAGACAAGGCGAGUGAUCCCGACUGAAAACAGGAAACAGAUGCCUUAUGGGGGGCUCCACGUGUCUGAGCCAUCGGGGGGGCGAACGUGGGAUUAGUCAUUAGCAGCUGCAUCCUGGCUGGGGCCUCGGGUUCAGUAAGGGGCCCAGGAACGUCAGCCUACCAGAUUACCCCGUGAAAUCCGGAUCAGAUACCAGGCAUUUUUUAUUUCUCUGAGCACAAUGAUAAAAGAAUGCUAGGAAUGUUUUAGUGUUGGCACUGGGAGAGGCGGGAGAAGAGCCAUACCUGUUUUUUUGAGAUUGUCAGACCAUUCUUGGAAUUUCAUACUGCAUCCCGACUGGAUAAGGUCUGACGUUGGAUAAAUGCCGUAAAUUUUUUGAGUGGGCCGAAACUCUAGACUGACCUGUCUCUUACUUUUUUAUUCUCAGGGCUACAUGCUCCCCUUAACUCUCUUUUGAAAACAGUGUUUACCUAAUCCUGUGGACAUGUUUGCCUGUCAGCCACCAUUUAACCUGCAACUUUGUUGUGGGGCAAGUGGAAAAUUAAAGAACUUAAAACCG